UAGGCCCCUUAUAGCUUCUUCCACACCCAUUUGUUUCUUCUGUUGACUCCGGAAGAGCCACUGGAAGAGGAGCCUGGUUAGAGUGAUGCCCAGCGAGACUGGAAAAGGUACUAUCUGUUUGGGGACAAGAUUGCAGAGGGACCCCUUUUGAACUUGGCAGCAAUGACAUGGCAGAAAUCAACUUGCACCCAGUGGAGUCCAUUAGUGACCUGCACUAUGCGUCCAGCAGACAUGAUGGUGCCAAGGGCUCAGAAGGGAGCAGCUAUUCCCCGUCCAACACCCCACAGAGUCCUCACGGCACUUUCUCCAAGCAGUUCAGCCUCCCUCAUGAAGACGACACCUCCUUCCUACCACCAGUCCAGGCUGUCCACAUCAUCCCUGCUUGCACCUGCUGCCCCUGUUUUGGCCCCACCUGCUGCCCCACUGGUUUCCUCGCUCUCCUUGGAGUGCUUGUAGUGGCCAGCCUUGCUCUAGCCACACUGGCCGUCUAUCUGAGUGUAUUACAGAGUGAGUCACUCCGCGUUCUUGCCCGAUGGUUGGAGUCCCAGGAGGCGACCAUCCGGCAAAUGAGAGCCGUGAGCUUACAGAUAUGGAGCCGGCUAAACGCCACUGAACCUGGAGCUCAAACCUGAGUU